CUUUCCUAUUUUGUCCUGCAUGUUGCUGCUGCUUCACUUUUAAUGGAAAAUUUUCACUGUGAGGCUGAUCGGAUCUAUUGACUCUCUUCUCUGAAAUGGCUUCUUCUCUUCUUCAACAAAUGGUCUUAUUUUUUGUAUGAUUUUGCUCACUUCCUCAGUUCUUGACCUUCCGUCACUUUCCCUGGAAAGUUAUUUUUUUCUGUUAGUUUAUCGUUUAGGCACUCAGACCAAGAUAUCUUGAACUCUAAAAAUUCUGCUCCCUGUAAAGUUUUUUAUUUCCUGCUGCUUUUUCUUGUAUCCACCUAACCCCUUUUUUUUUUUUUUCAGUUUCUCUUCGCUUAAAGUUUUAUGCUUUCUUUCUUUUUUAAUCUCUGAUGAACAGAGGAAGCAUUAAUGGCUACUUUGUUCAUAAAUGGUAUUAGGUGAAAUUCUUGUCCUUUGUGCUAAACAUUCAUUUCUUUUUCACUGAACCUGCUUUAAUCUGAAAGAUACCAAUAUUACUGUACUUCAUUCUCCUUUGAAAUUAAAUCAAUGGAGGUUUCAUGGAGUUUCUUGGUUUCUUCUCUGGUUUUCACUCUGUUAGUUCCAGCUUCAACAGGGCAACUGAGCCCUACUGAAAUCAGAAUCCUUUUCCAAGUUCAAAAGCUUGUUGAAUAUCCUCAACCUCUUCAGGGAUGGAACAACUGGACCAACUUCUGCUACCUUCCUUACUCUCCUUCUCUCAAGAUUGUCUGCACAGAUAACCACGUUACAGAGUUGAGUAUCACUGGAAACAAGACUUCCCCUAGACUGUCUGAUAAGUUCUCCAUUGAUGCCUUCUUCACCACCCUCACAAAGCUUUCCAGCUUGAAGGUAUUAUCUCUGGUUUCCUUAGGAUUAUGGGGUCCUUUACCAGCAAAGAUCAACAGGUUUAGGUCACUUGAAGUUCUUAAUAUCAGCUCAAAUUUCAUCCAUGGUGAGAUUCCCCCACAAAUUGGUUCCUUCAAGAGCCUAAAAAGCCUUGUUUUGGCUGAUAACUUGUUUAAUGGCAGUGUCCCAGAUCUUCAAGGUUUGUCACUUUUACAAGAGCUAAACUUGGGUGGUAAUCAUCUGGGUCCUAAGCUUCCCUUGCUGACCCACAAUCUUGUGAUUCUCAAUUUGAGAAACAAUUCUUUUAGAUCUGAAAUUCCUUCACAGUUCAAGAACUUUAAUCAGCUACAGCACCUAGACAUCUCUUUGAACAAGUUUAUAGGGCCAAUCCCAUCUUUCAUCUUCUCUUCGCCUUCAAUUCAAUAUCUGAAUUUAGCCAAGAACCAAUUGAAUGGAGCUUUACCAGGAAACAUACCUUGCAGUUCCAAGCUUCUAUUUUUAGACAUUUCCAGCAACCUUCUUACAGGAAAAUUGCCUUCUUGCUUUUCUUCAAAGUCUUCAAAUCGAACAGUGAUUAGUUCAUGGAAUUGCUUGUCAAAUGUCAACUCAAAGAACCAGCAUCCACAUUCUUUUUGCCAGAAAGAGGCCCUGGCUGUCAAGCCUCCUAUUGAAACCCAGGGGGAGUCCAGCUCCACCGUCAAACUAGGCCUGAUACUGGGUAUAAUUGGAGGUGUUGUGGGCACUGUGGUUCUUCUUGGAUUGUUGAUUUUAAUCAUUGUCAGAAGAUCAGACAAGAAUAGAACUAAACUGAACAAGUUUAACAGAUCUGUUCCAGAUAAAAUCCCUGUCCGUAGCUCCCCAAAACCAGUUCUUGACACAAGGCGUGUGCCCCACACAAUGAGAUCAGCAGUAAUUGGCCUACCACCAUAUCGAGUUUUCACUAUCGACGAAAUCGAGGAUGCUACCAACAACUUUGAACCAGAAAAUUUGGUGAGGGAAGAGACCCAGGGACAGGUGUAUAAAGGUUGGCUAAGAGAUGGAACAAUGGUGAUGGUGAAGUGUGUAAAUUUGAAGCAGAAGAAUUUGCCACAAACCAUGAUGCAGCAAAUGGAAGUAUUAUCAAAACUGAGGCAUCUGCAUUUGGUCAGUGUUCUUGGCCACUGCAUCGUCACUUACCAGGACCACCCUCAUACACCCACCACAAUCUUUGUUGUUCUUGAACAUAUAUCCAAUGGAUCACUACAAGACUAUCUUGCUGACUGGAGGAAGAAGGAGAUCCUGAAAUGGCCCCAGAGAAUGGCAAUAACCAUUGGGGUUGCGAGGGGGAUUCAGUUCUUGCACACAGGAGUGUCACCUGGGAUUUUCGGAAAUGAUUUGAAUAUCAAAAAGAUUUUGUUGGACGAGAGCCUUACUGCAAAAAUUAGCAGCUAUAACAUUCCCUUGCCAUCUAAGACAGGCUCUGAAAGCCCACUUUCCGGACUGAACAUGACCAAUCAUGGGAGCAGCGAGGGCGGAGAAAAGGAAGAUGUUUAUCAGUUUGGGUUGAUCCUCCUUCAGGUUAUAACAGGAAAACUGAUUGCUUCUGCUACAGAAUUGGAUGAGCUUAAACUUCAGCUGGAAAUAAGCUUAGCCGAAGGACCAUCUAAAUUACGGAGUGUCACAGAUCCCUCCGUCAAGGGAACUUACGCGUAUGAAUCGCUAAGAACUGCAGUUGAAUUCACCAUCAACUGUCUCUGCAAAGAUCCAAGCGAGCGUCCUUCGAUAGAAGAUGUUAUUUGGAAUUUGCAGUACACAAUUCAAGUUCAGGACGGAUGGACUAGUAGUGGAAACCUCGGUACACAAAUGUGAAUGUUUUUAUUCAAUCUUUACAUACCCAACAGGUCUUCAAAGGUCUCUUUUGUAUCAUAGUUGAUUUACACAUUAACUUCCGUAAUAAAACUUUGUAUCUCAGAUAAUCAUUUUCUUGUAAUUGUAUGUAGUUCAUUACUCGUCCACUGAGCCUAGAUUUUGCAUUUUGGCAAAACCACUGGGAUUCUUUCUUCCCCUUUGUCC